GCGUUAGAAGAUGUAAUACUAUAAAGAUAGUUAGUGUAUUUACAUUUGGCUUAAGAAAUUUUCUAUUUUCUACCUCAUUCUUUACUUAUUCUUAACCUCCGCAUUUCUGCAAUUUCUUGGGAGAGAGAGCCGUGUUCGUUUUAUUUUGGUUACAAUGCUUUGCACAUAAUGGCUAGGCACUUUAAGAUGAUGAAAUAGUUGAUAAAGUUUCUGCAACUAUGGCAUUAUUAGUAGAGAAAGCAAUCAGCAAUGCUUCUAGCCCUCAAGGCCCUAGGGAUGCACUGAGAAGAGUUUUUGAGUCUACUUCUUCAGGGAUUAUUUUUAAAGGUAGACCUGGGCUUCUGGAUCUUUGUGAAAAGGAUCCCUUUGAUACCUUGGCAACAAUGACUGACCAGCAGUGUGAAGACAUCACAUCCAGUGCACAGUUUGCAUUCAGACUCCUUGCAUUCCGCCAGAUAUACAAAGUUAUAGACAUGGAUCCAUUAUCACAAAUGAGCCAACAUUUUAACAUCCACAACAACAGGAAACAAAAAAGGGAUAGUGAUGGAGUUGAUGGAUUUGAAGCCGAGGGAAAAAAAAAAAAAAAGAAAAGAUUGUGAUAACUUUUAAAAGAUGCCUGUAAAUCUUCAGUGUUAAAAAAACAAAAGAUGCCCAUUUGUUGGCUGUUUGUCAUUCAUAAUAAUGUCUACAUUGAAAAAUUUAUCAAGAAUUUAAAGGAUUUCAUGGAAGAACCAAGUUUUUCUAUGAUAUUAAAAAUAUACAGUGUUACAUAUUAUUUGAAUGGAAAGACACACACACACACACACACACACACACACAAAACAGAAUGUGCUCUGGCUAGGCAGGAAGCAGCAGUUCCGAUUUUUUCUCAUUAUUUUGAUUUUAUUUUCUGGUUGCCCUAGCUUCUCCACCCUACUUUUGUGUCUUUUGUUAACUAGGGUAUUGUCUUAUUAAAUCUUUACUGUAUUUAAUGCAGGAUUUGUGCUUCAGUU